AUGCACCUCAACGCACUCGAUGGCGACGACGACCUCAGGAUCCACAACGUCUCCAUCCUUCCAUCGGAUCAAUGCGCGACAGAGGAUCAGCGGGCGGCGAAAUGUUGCUGUGGCACCGGGUUCUUCUUCGAUUUCCCGAACAAACGAUGCGAGGUCUCCGCCAACGUCGGUUUCAUGUUCGGCCGGUUGAACAACGGCUGGAGCCAUAUGUUCGUCUACGCGCUGGCCUAUCCGGUGCUGCUUUUCUGCCUGAUAGCCCCGCUAUGCGCCGUGAUGUUAGGGAUGGGCAAGAGAGAAAAGAGAGAAGGCGACAGACGAUAUCCGAACCCACUCUACCAGAUGAUCUGGCUGUUGACAUUUUGUGGAUGGGCAUCUGUACUAGCCCCUCUACCAUUUACCGUUUGGUAUUAUAUCAUCGGGGAGGGGACACGAUCGAUGAACCAAUCGGUGGCAAUGUGCCAUCUGUUUCGAACGACAAUGGAGACAAUACCACACACCAUGGACACGAUGAUGACACUGUUUUCGGUGAUGUUGGCCGGGGCAAGAUUUCUGACCCAAUACCAUCGAAAUACGCUGAAAUUGCGUACCGUCGAGCGAUUCUCGCGUGCCAUUUGGGCCAUAAUAUUCGUCUGUUUCACCCUGGGCAUUCUUCGAUUCUUCGAGCACGACGCCGCUGUUUACCAGUUCUGCAUGGACACCGAACCAUAUCCACAAUGGGCCAGCAGAUGCAUGGUACGCGAUGGGGCACUGAUGACCGUCGGGAAUCGAUCGUUUUGGAAGGUCGCGCUUCCACUCGCCGAUUUCGUCGUCCAAUUCCUGGUCCCUGGUCUUCUACUCGCCCUCCUUCAUAUCGGCUUCAUUCGAGAGCCCGUCAUCGAUAUGGGAGCAAUGACGAGACACAAUCGCUUCGGCCGAACGCCCAGGGACCAAACGCGAAUAUUAAUUACCACCGUGACCGUCUCAUUUCUCAUCGUACAGGUUCCCACCGCCUUCAUCACGACGUUAUCGCUGACGAUAAAUCAUUUUCAGAACAACCAGGCUUUGAUGGUCCUAGCCGUCGUGACGGGCCACGUCCAACCCUUCCUCUCAAUAUCAACGAUUGCAGCCAAUUGCGCGGCCCUCCUCACUGCUUAUUAUGUGAUUGUUAAGGACGACGAUGAGGACGUCGGCGGAUCGUCCCGGAAUUCGAUAUCUGAUACGGAUCAUGGCCCUCAAGAGAUAUUACUGCAAAAACACCAUCAGCAUCGAAGGAAUACGAGGACGUAUCUCUCGGUGUCUCACUCGUUCGACACCGGAAGCCUGCGAUCAUCGCUGUUCUCAAGAAAAGGAUCGUCCUACCCUGAAGAUGACAUUUUG